UGGCUAGGUUUCUUAAUUGUGAGCAACCAAAAUUGAUUCUGACUACUAAUAAAUAGAAAAAGAAUCUAGAGAACCUGGGGUUGCCCAAAGAAGUCACUGCAAGGUGUGGUGGUCCAAUAUCACAGGAAGGGUGUAGCCAGACCAAGACCCUGGGGGGUAGGCAAUCCCUCACAGAGGAGAUGUGGCUUCACAUAGUGGGCAGUCAAAAGGAUGACAAAUGUCCAGGACAACAGGUAGAAGUAGGGAAGGUAGGGAGGAGAAGCCUGUCUCAGAAUGACCUAAGAUAGUCUGAGUCACAGAAACCAAAAGGAACAGUUUAAAGAGAGCGCUGGCUUAUUGAGGGAAGCAGGCAAUGGGGCCAAGCAGCCAGGCUCCCAGGGGUUUCUGGAGGGAGUGAAGUUUGCUGCUCAACCAGACUUUGAAGCUUCUGUGGGGAAACGUGCCCUGUGCCAGCAGCCUUGAAAGCACCAUAACCAGCAGCUGCAGAGCCAUGGCUGAAGGGGAAAUCACAACCUUCACUGCCCUGACGGAGAAGUUUAAUCUGCCUCCGGGGAAUUACAUGAAGCCCAAACUCCUCUACUGUAGCAACGGGGGCCACUUCCUGAGGAUCCUUCCAGAUGGCACAGUGGAUGGGACAAGGGACAGGAGCGACCAGCACAUUCAGCUGCAGCUCAGCGCGGAAAGCGUGGGGGAGGUGUAUAUAAAGAGCACCGAGACUGGCCAGUACUUGGCCAUGGACACCGAUGGGCUUCUGUACGGCUCACAGACACCGAAUGAGGAAUGUUUGUUCCUGGAAAGGCUGGAGGAAAACCAUUACAACACCUACACAUCCAAGAAGCAUGCAGAAAAAAAUUGGUUUGUUGGUCUCAAGAAGAAUGGAAGCUGCAAACGCGGUCCUCGGACUCACUAUGGUCAAAAAGCAAUUUUGUUUCUCCCCCUGCCAGUGUCCUCUGAUUAAAGAAAUCUCUUCUGGGUGCCGACCACUCCAGAGGAGGCUGAGCGGUCCUCACCCAGUUGACCCCAGAUUAUUCCCUUGACCAAUGGCUGCACUAACCCCUGGCCCACAGAGCCUGAAUAUGUAAGCAACGCGCUUCUAAAUGCCCAGUUCACUCUUCUGCAGAGCCCUUUACCCCAGCACAGUUUGGAACAGAGGGAUCAAGUUGCUUCUAGGGGCCAACUGGCUGGUCAGUCUGGGUGUGUGGAUGUCCAGUUGCCUACAGGCACCUGCUGUAGGCUCAGCCUCUCAAUGCAAAGGUGUGGCCAAAUGAAAUGUGUUCAGGGGGCUGCCACGUGGGUCAUUAGUAACUGCAUACAAUUCCUUCUACUGAGUAAACUCUGAUUUCCCCCAAACAUCUGGCAUGAUGCCCUCUCGUCCUUUCAAUACCCCCACGUAUAUUAGCAGAGAAGCUUACGGCUAGGUUAGGGGAAGGUUGUGUUCCAUGAGUAGAAACUGGGAUGAAGAAAUCCACCCCCUCUCCAAGAACAGAAGAGACUAAAAUGGCAAGGGGAGAUUGGGUUCUGGUGGUCAGCUUAGAAGGAUGGGCUUUCCAUGCAGAAUAAACAAAGGAUGGGAAUCCUAGCCUCAGGAAAGCAGAGUAAAUGCCUAGCUUUGGAAGUCCUUACCAUGUCUUGAAUUUCCCAAAAUUAUUCGGCAGCAGGAAGCUUCAGGAAGAUGUCAGAUGGACAGCAUGGGAAGUGUUCUCUUGAUAAAAGCAAAAACAUCAGAUGCUGGUAAAUUCAUUUGAGUCUGGGGUGUGGGAGUGCUGAGAAAGAAAGGAAACAUGGGCUGAGGGGAUGCUUUCUUCGAAAGAGGUAGAUCCCAGAAGUGAGGAGGAAAGAGAAAGGGACACAACUUGUGGCAGGUCCCCAGAAAACAGAGGCUCUAGAGUCCCAAGUGGUGCUUACAAAUCACAAGCAGAUUGGGUUCGAGUGUAGAUGCCAGUUUGGUGGGUCUAGGGUGCAAUUUGUGUAUUUCUACAUGCUGGGGGGAGGGAGGCUGAGGGGCUGGUGCCCUCCCCUCUCCAUGCUUUAAGUAGCAAAGUCCUAAAGAAUGCUGUUCCAAGGAAGGUGGCUCAAGCCCCUGAUCCUCUCUCACCUCACCCUUAAAAAUGUACACACCAUUCGUCUUCAUGAGCAUCCAGGGAGCAUCAGCAGCAAUGACGCUGAGGUGAAGGAACAUGGUUUUAAGGCACUUUGGCGCAGUGCCUCUAAAAUACCCAUUCAGAAGAUAUACAAAAGCAUACUUCAAAAAUGUUAAACCCUCACAAACAGCUUUUCUCAAGAGGCCAUUUGUGUUACGAUUACUUGUAUAAAUAUGCUUCCUGCUUAAAGUAAACUUGACCCAAGUGGCUAGCAAAUGAGAAACACCAUUCAUCUCUGACCUAUGAUACUAUUGCCAUAUAAAGGCCUUUAAUAAGCCAUUUACAUCUAUGGUGAGACUGUAUGUUUUAAUUGCAUUGAAAAAUAUGUAGCUUAAAGGCAGUUAACUGAUUAGCAUUCAGCCACUGAGAAUAAUAAUAGGAUAUGAUGUAUAAGCUCUUCAAUUAUCCACUACUUACACUACAUUUACCUAUACAAAGAUUGUACUUCAUUUUCCAUUGUGCUAUUACAGAUUUUCCUUUGAAAGUAGGGACUCUUAAGCAAAGAUAUGAUAACUGUGGAUAAAAACUGUUGAGAAUAUUAGCUCAUGUUAUAAGGAACUGACAUUGCUAAUGGAAAAAUAAUUCCUUACUAACUGAAUUGUCAUGUUUAUGAUGGAAGAAAAAAUUUGUGAAAGUUCAAGGCAACAGUAUAAUUGAGGAACUGAACCAAGUUAAUACUAUGGUUAAUAAUAUCAUUCUACAUUUGUACAGAAAAACGAUUUCAGAACUUUUUGUUUUUGUAGGUUGGAUAAGAUAAUUCUAUUUUAUUUUAGUAAAUCCUUACAGGCAAGUUGGGGAUAGUGCCGUGCAGUUUAACAUCUCUUUACUCUGAAGAUUUGGCCAGAAAAGGGUACCCAGAGAGGAAAUCUAAGAUAUUUAUAAUGGUCCAUAAUUUUUAGUGUAUGAAUCAAAUUCAAAUAUAACACUGGCCAAGAAAAAAUUAAAUGUUGCUAACAGAUGAGACGGAAGUCGGUGGUUUCAGAGACUCAACGCAGUUAGAAGAAACGCUAUUGUGGCCUCCACAACCUCUGCCCAGUCAUUAUUCAUGCCUUCAUUCAUUCGGUGAAUAUUUAUUCAGUGCCUACUGUGUGCUGGGCACUGUCCUGGGUACUGGGGCCCCUGGAAACCUUGUCUGUCUGGUUUGCUGCUGUAUUCUCUCCCAGGGCAUUAUAUUUAUGAUGAAAAAAGCUGUGGAUUCAUUUAUUUCAGUCAAAUAAAUACGGAGACUGUAGGUUGCUGCUAAAUGAACAGCAAGUCCCAGAAACCCAGGUUCUGGAAGAAUUAGUGAUACCCAGUGUAAGAUAAACCCCGAUCAAAGUGUCAGAGGACAUGGCAACGGAAACCUAAUAUUUUCUACCUUGGAACCAUGUCAGCUUCAGGGGGACCACUUUCAGAUUGGGAAAAGAGUCUGUUGGAUCUCAUACGAAGGGAGUAGUUGGCAGAUGCCCCUCCAUUCUGAACAUGCUCUAGUUCCCUAAACAUAGAGCAUUCCUGUUGCGUUCUCUCUUCCCUGAGUAAGCCAUGUAGCCAUCUGCUUGUCACACGCCUCUCAUUUGGAUUCAUUUUUGGGCCAACUGUUAAGAAUUGCCUGACAUUCUGUACAAAGCACCAGGCGCAUUUAUGCUUUUGACUGUUUUCAAUGUGGAGAUGGAGGUGGUGGUGAUCUGUUUGGAAGGGAUGGAGUUUGGAAGGGAUGACAAUCAGAGCCUCCUCUAGCCAACAGUAUGUACUUAUCAAAAACUGACUAGAGCAUCAAGCAUUACUGAAGAUCAAGGUCCUUGCUUUGCGUCAGAGGUGACGGAGCCCAACUCCUCAGCCUCAUGGAACAUACUGCUUAAACCCACUGAGCCCACAGGCUGCGAAGCUGACCUCUGAUGAAGAAGACAUUUGUCAUUUUACAUCUCUCUCUCUCUCUCUCUCUCUCUCUCUCUCUCUCGGCACCUGACAAGUAUUAAUAAAUGUUCCACUAAAAGGUGA